GCGCCAUGGUGCGCGUGCACGGCUAUGGUUUUCUAUGUCCACGCGAAGGCGGCCGGUGUGACGGUGGUGACGUGCGGGGGCGGCGACGCGUGUGAUUUCCGUUCGUGAGCGCGCGUCGACACGGAGGCGCGGGCGGCUUUCAAAGGUCGGCAUGCGUUCGUCGUGGUCGCCGCUGAUCGCGGACUUAUGUGCGCCCAGACGGACUCGAUGCGCGAUGCUCCUGCGCGACGGUGGGUGUUGGACAUCGGCGGACUCGCCGUGUUUUGUACUACGGCCGCGCCGUCGGCAUGAGCGCCUACUUUCAGCCGAUUGUCACCGCGCCACGAGCGUUCGAGGACGCCUUCAGUGUGUGUCAUUAGCGCUGCUGCUUGUGUUGUGCAGCCUACAGCCUGCCUGUGCUGCCUCCGAACUCGAGGAUAUCACAAAACUUGCCGACCUCGCCUUGCGGCGGUAUGAACCGUCUUUUAAGCGCUCUGGAAAUGUCAGUGAGACGUUGGUGUCGUUGCUGAACAGCCUGCGAUCGUCGAGACUGUCACACCGCUUCGAAGCGGUAAACUGCUCGCCUCCUUUCAACGGUAGUGCUCUUUGCAAAGAGGGUGCCGAGUGCCUUUCGGUGGGCGAUCUGCUGCAGCUGUUCCCAGAAGCAGCUGAGAGCAGUGUGGGUGAGGCGCUGGUCCGUCUCUGUCCCGUACUGCUUUUCCAGAUGCAGCACCGGUCGUGUGAUUUUACCCCGCCACUUGCACCGCGGGGCAAAACACGUCCCACGCCAGCUCAAGUGUGGGGCUUUGGCAUGCUGGCCGUGUUUGUCAUCAGCUGCUGCUCACUGGCGGGCUUAGUGAUUGUGCCUUUCCUGAGCCAUGCCCUCUACCACCGGCUGCUCAUGGUGUUCGAGGGCCUGGCAGUUGGUUCCCUGCUUGGCAGUGCUGUCUUUCACCUCAUCCCACAGUGCACGCUCGACAAACGGAUGAGAAGGCCACGCGUUGUUCGGUCGGCAGCAGAACAGGCUGCUUUUGACAAGAAACGCCGUCAAUGUUGCCGGGAGCAGGCUCGCGCUCGCUGUGCGGAUCCUGUGUUGAAGGCAGCUCAAGCCCAGGCUCCGUUACAACGGCUGGCAGUGGAUUCCGGGUUAAAAGCCCUUCUUACCGAAGCCCAGCGUCAACGAAGGGCAGCAAACCCCGAGGCCGGGAAACGCGACACCCAAUUUUGAGGGUAUGACAAGCUUCGGCCCCGCGUUCCCGGUAGGGGAAGGGUCUUAAAUUUUUAUUCCUUUCCUUCUUCCUUUCUUUCUUGUCCCUGGCUCAUACCUGCAUAUGCAAUGCGGGCAGGCGCCACACGUGAGUUUUUUCAUUUGUCUAGAAUGUAAAGGGGUGUACUGAAGAGUUCAG